AUGGCUUCCGCUGCUGGUGAGAAACUUGAGAGAAGUCGAACACGCAGACUUCAGCAUUGCGUCACUGAAAUGACGCCAUGUCUCGGUUUGUUUUCGACGGUCGAUGAAAAGGUGCAGGAGGAUGACUCGACGAGGAACCGAGAGAAACUCCUGAAUGGAAUAUCGAAAGGUGUGGCUAACAUUGUCAUCUCUGAAGACAAGAAGGAAAAGGUUCAGAUUUACAUUGCUCAGUAUGGAUGCGUACCCCCGCCAGUGUUCUUAUUGGCGUUGACAAUUAUGCAGGUAAAUUACGCAAACGCUUUUCCAAAAAAGAAUCAUUCUACAAUGCAGGUGGGUGUUUUCGUCCAUUACGUCCUGGUGAAUAAGCAGAAACCGGGAUGGGUGACCGGCUGUGCCGGCUGCAUCGUCCCCACGAAGAGGAAAGGAUCUAUGAUAUUUGACCCUUCGGCUGCAGAAGAGGUGUGGCGAUACGUUUCUUACAUGCUUAUUCAACAAGGGUAA